AGUGGUACAUUUCGCGACCUGGUCCCGCAUAACAACCUUGCUUCUGAAUACACGUUGUUUGCUGGUGAUUUCGGAUCAACUAACUUUACGCUACGAUUGUCACUUUCAAUCAAGCGGUGUUAUUUUAGAACCGAUUGUUCCACAUAUUUGCCUCGCCGGUUUCGGCAGGAUUGAAUAACAACUGCUCUUGCGGAAAGACCGGACAAGCGGACCGUUUCGUUGGGACUGUACGCGACUUGAAGUGUAGGUGCGCACCUUUUUCCAAUGUGAAAACUGUGUGUUUGUGCGUGCGAGUGCGUGUGUGUGUGUGUGCUAUACACGGUAGCAGUUGGUGGGUAUCGAAACAACACAGCCUUGCGUUCAACACCGGGCAGCAACAUUAAGGUGCACAGUGGCAACCGGAAGAGAGUAAUAGGACGGUAUUAAUACGGGCGAAACGAACGGAGUGUGUGCGAAAUGUCCAUUUUGUUGCAAGAAACUGGUGGCGGUAACAGCGGUAGUACGGUGACCGCUGCAGCGACAACUCCUAACGAGGAUGGCAACGUCAGUUCAUCCCUUACCGUCGACAGUGUUCCGGUAUCUAAGGAAACCUGUAUGGGAGAUUGUCACUAUGGCCGCAGCUGGAAGGAAUAUGUGGAGUUGCUGGCACAGAUGCGAGUGGUGGAUGUCGACGAGGGUGAAAUGGGAAAACAACAAGAUGAAAUGGGUCCGGAAAAUGAUUGUGUUUGUGCGGCAAAACCCGUGUCAUCCGAACAUAAAGGCACUGCGGAUAAUCAGCAAAAGCCACAGCAUAGUGAGAAUGUAUUUCCGCUGAACUGUUGCUGCCGAAUGUGCAACGCUUCGCGGGAAGUAGUGAUGAAGCUGUACGCCGAGGAUUGCCAGUAUAACUCACUGUGGGAUCGCUUGCAGUUACUGAUGAAGCAGUACUACGAUCUAAUACCGGAGUCCGAGGAUAACGCACUGUACAAUCAGUACAUAGAGCUGAUGAGCAAAUCUUCCCUGAAGUGGUUAACGGAUGUACGUUUCAGCAGGAAUAACAUUAUCCAGAUUUCACUCGCAUCCAAUUUGCCGUUAUCGAAUGAGAUGGCCUUCGUGAUGCUAACGAACGUGCUGAGCACUCGCGACCCGCACCAGCUCUUCGAAUUGCUCUGCUUUCAGCUCCGCUCGAUCGUGCAGGUGUACUGCGUUGGGUUUGAGGAUCUGGUGACCGAGAAUCCGGAAGAUGGUAGCCGUCAGUUUAAUGCGCCCGAGGUAUUAAAUUAUAUUGUUAACGGAUACAAGAAGCUGCGCCAGUCGGCGCGAACCGUCACCCCGCUGCUGAACGUGCUGGAGCAGUGCCAUCUAGGCAAGUUCGGACUCACCUGGUGGUUGAUCAACCAGCGCAUUUUCCAGCGCUACUUUUACUACGAGGUGCAAAGCAUAGUGCCCGAUUGUAUGGACCGGAUGCGCGGUACCCUGCCCGAACGCGAGUAUCAAGAGUUGGUCGCGCGGUUCUUAAAGUUUGAUCAGGAAAUGGCGGAUAUUGCGCUCUCCUGGGUUGAUGUGUGGCCGCUGCUGUAUGACUACCACCGUUCAGCGGAAGACUGUGAGCGGCGUAAUCGCAUCAAGACGGUACACGCGUUACUGCAGUCCAUUCGCGGUGCACGCUACACGCCGAAGUCACCGGAACUGUUCGAAAGGCCCGAGCGACCGAUAGCGGAAUGGAUGGAGCUGAAAAACAGGAAACUGGUAUGGGAGUACGUGGUGCACUGUCUGAAAACGAAGUGGAUACCCGGCGUUAGUACGCGCUUGACGAACGUUGCCGAUGUUGUGAAGUGCCCCGGAUGUGAUCGUCCAUUAAACACGCACAACAUGGUAUGUGCAUGUCUAUCUUGCAUUAUCGGUGGUGGGAUAUUUCCGUACCGCCCGAAGAAGGAGAUAAAUGAACGGUACGGCAUGUGUACAUGUGCUAACAUGAUCGAGAUGCUACUCGAAAGCCAAGGCAAAGCGAUACCCGUCUGCGAUGACGAAAAAGCAAUGGUUAACGUUCAUCAACUUUUGUCCUCAUCGUUGUUGCUAACCGGCGACGAAGCGGAAAUACCAAACGGAUGUGCAAAUGCAACCUCUCAGCGACACUGUACACUGCAAAGCGAUGACCCGAAACAGGACGAUAAAGAGGACAAGAAGGAGCAGGAUGUUACCGCUUACCUUCCGUUGAUUCAAUCGUUGAGUGAAGAUGAUGAGCUUUAUCAUAUUGCGUGGGCCAUAUUUAAGCAUCUUCCCGAUCGAGUACCGUACAGAUGGAGCACACUGGAACCGUCGCGCUUUUGCACCUUCCAGGCAUCGCCAUGCUCGUCGAUUGCUUGCCGCGUGGCGGUAAACAUUAUCGCCAUGAACUAUCCCAUUCACCUAUCCCGGUUGCUGAUUCAUUCGUACAAACCGGUCAGUGAAGAACCGAGACGCAUCAUGAAGGGCAACUGGAACACGAAGGCACGCAACUCGCUGCGCAAACUGUGCAGCAAACGUUGGCACGAGGAGAUGGACGAUCAGAUGCAUCCGUUGCGGUUCGUCGAUAUGUUUUGGUCGCUGCAAAACUCUACCCUCAAUCUGCCAAAAACACGCGCAUCCGAUCUGGCGGAAUGGUUCAUGCUUGACACACAGGCACCGCCACGAAAUGUCUUCUAUCAGUAUUUUACAAAUUUUUUCCUAAUUAAGGACGACGACAUCGUCUUCGAUGUGGAAUGUUACGAGCGGGACCGGGAACGGUCGGUUUCGCCCAACCGGAUGAGGGAAAGCUUAAUGCAGAAGCUGGAAACGCAUAGCGCUUUGGCUGCGCCGUCGUGCCCCGCUACGCUUACGACCUCUGCGUCGUGCGGUUCGUCUUGCUCGUCCUCAUCGUCCUCGUCGUGCCUAUCGAGCUCAAACUCAUCAUCGACCUCAUCGUCCUGUUCGUUUUCUACUGCUUCCGCCGCUUCUGUAGCGGCUGCUGCCGCUGCUGCUGCUGCAGCCGCCUCAACGUUUAUCGAACCAAUGGUCAAUUCCUCUGUCACCAACUGGAGUGCAAAUGAGAGAAGAUGUAUUUGUAACAAUUGUGUGACCGAAUUUCUAUCUCAUUCAGAAAUGACGUCGAAACAGUUCGACCCAUUGUCCAGAGACUCGUUGACCCAGCGCACAAAUAUGCUGGAAAUGGAGCUGAAAGCACUGUUAAAGGAACGAAAUAUGUUGCUAGAAAAAGGUGGCGGCAUUAAUGCGUGCAAACGAUUAAACCGUGAUGAUGUAUGUAGCCCGAAAGCUGCUCACGAAUCGUCGAAAGUCGAUCUGAAUGUGGAAAGCGAGGAAACGAAAACAUCCAUCGCGAUAUCCGAUUUGCGCGCGUGCUUGGCAGAGGCUAUCGAUACGACGGAUGACACUGAACAGCAGCAGAUUGAUAAAGCGAAGGAUGAAAAUGUGAUAUCUUCGAGCUGUGAGAAGGAAAGUGUCGUUACUACAAACGUUGCGAUAGUUUCGCAGCAAUCCAAAGCAUCCGCUACCGUAACUGCCAUUUCUCCGUCGAAAGCAUCAUUGAAUGAAAGCUGCCCUAAAAGUACGACGACUCCAUCGAUCUGUUCGCAACCACGGUGCAAUACUGCGGCAUCAGCGGCUACGGCAGUUUCUGUGAAAUCGAAUCAGGAACUGCAAACGCCAGCAAAAUUAUCCGCAUUCGCAAAACUGGCCGCAAGUAAGUUGCCGGCAUCUGCCGACAGCACAGCGGCAGUAAAAUCACCACCAAAGCAGGAAGGAGCCACGGCUAGUGCUAACGGAACAUCUUUGAAACAGAGGCUACUUCACGGUGCAGAACCGCAGACUGGCAAUAACAACCGUACGGUAACCAUUCCUAGCCCGUCAGCAGCAGCGACACAAACUCACAGCACGAACAAACCAUGUCCCUGUGGGAUGCCUUCGCACGCUCCAGGUGCAAAGGUAGGAACGGUUUCGAAAACGAGACCAGCGACUGGUGCAACAACGCAGGGACCUACAACUAGUGGAAGUGCAACCCACUCCAAGGAAGAUCACAAAAAAUCGUGCCAUCGUGGAGCAGCACCUGUCAGCGCGUCCGGUGGCGAUAAAACGGAAGGAUCCUGCGUGUGUUACUACUGUACGCUGUUCGGGCAGAGUGUAUGUUUAGAAUGCAAUCACAAUCAACGGACAAACGAAACUCGUGAGAAGUUGCGGAAGAAACUUCAGAACAAGCAAGAGCAAAAAAUUACAUCCACCAACGGCACGACGGUGGCGAAGGAUCAUACUGUGGUUUCUGCGAAAAAGGCCACAACCAGUAGCGAUACAACACCGGUAGGAUCGGCCGGUAAACCCAGCAUGCCGCUCAACAAAGUUGCAUUGGCUAACAGCAACAGUAAAACUGUUGCUGACAAAGGAGGCAAAAAGGGCGAUAAAUCUACCACAAAUGCUUCAACGUCGGGUAAAGCGAAUCGAUUUCAGUCAAUUGAUGAUCUGUUACGGUUUAUCGAAGGAGACGAUACGUUCAAAGGGGCCAGCAACACCUCCGCAAAGGGUAACGGCAAGUCAAAUCGUAUGCAAUCUACAGAAAAGGGAGAACAAAAACAGUCAGCAAGUUCAACCAUACCAGCAAAAAAGACAGCAACGACAACGUCACCGGCUGUCGGAAAGGAAUCGGAUACGAUCAAGAAGGCAAAGCUGAACGAAAGUCUCAAGCUGAUUGCAGAACUGGAAGUUUUGCGGCAGCGAUUCUACGACUGUCAGAAGCACGAGCAAAAAGCGCACCAGCUUCUCCAAGAGCAGUCGGGAUUGAGCAAAAAGGAGCGAAAAGAGCUGCCGCUCAAGAUACAGACAUACAAACAGCAGAAGAAUGAGCUGCACGCAGCAAUUAAUUGUCUCGUCACCAGUAUACGAAGCGAAAUUCCGGAAUAUCCGUUCAAGUUGGAAGCAUUCGCAACACCGGCACCCUGCUGCUCAGUGUCACAGCCACCGGGGCAGCAAAACAGUAAUGCAGCACAGGACGGGCAGAUCGGUCGAAAGGUGGCACCGGGUGCCAUGCUUCCGCCGCCACCAUCAACCUUAACUUCUGCGGGAAAACCGAACAACAAUGUUCGUGCGACAACGCUUGCGAAGUUACAAGAAUCUAUCAAUAAUUAUAAACAGAAGCGACAGCUGCAGUUUGGUGAGCUGCAGCAACAACAGGAUCAAAUGAUGCUUGAUCAAUUUCAGCAGUUCAAACAACAAUCCCAGCAGCAGGCUGGUUACAGCGAGUCCGCUUCCCAGCAGCUGGUCACCAUAAAGCGAACCUUCCUGCCCCAUCCGCAACCGCAGAUCACGGUAACGGCGAAGGGUGAUUCACCCGAUCAGGAUCAAAUAUUGUACACCUUCAUCAAUGGCCAGAUGGUGCCAGUCAAUGGGCCGGCCAGUACUGGUGAUCUUCAUAGCCAAUACCAAAAGCAGGUGAAACUGUGGCAACAAACCAAGGAUGGUUCUAUUGCGAUGAGUUCCGGUGCGUUCAACAAAAGAAAGUUGUAUGACAGUACGGGUAGUACAGCCAGCGGUAACUGCAACCCGGAACACGGUGAUCCCUUUGAGCAUUUUCCGCCACUGCCGGAUAGCCAUAUUCGACCGGUACGAUCGAAGAAAAAAUCAGCCACAGGAGAGAACCAACAGCAAGAACAGCACCAACCCUUAUCGAUCGACGAUCUGAUACAUGAGCGUAUGAUACGCGAAAGUGUAGAGCUGAUAAAAAAUCUGCAGACUGACCGCAAGGGUGAUCCAGACAUGCUCUCGCUAGCCCACAAAGUAAAGAAAGAUUUGCUCGAAAUGCAGAAGAACCCGCAGCAAUCUGCUGUUCAAACAGGAAGUACAGGUGCCGGGAGCAAAAGCAACAUUAGUGCACCGUUGAACAAUCAGCCGACGAAAAAGGAACCCACGAAUAAACCGAUCCCCGCUAGUGGUGAUCGGCACGGAAGUAAAGGUAAAGCUUUACCAUCCGCGACCAUGUCGUCGGUGGAGUUGAGCAAGGGCAAAAAUAAGAAGGAGCGCAAGAAGGACAAACUGAUUGAGGAAAUUGAUGAAAUUGUGGCGCGCCUAAAUCUGCUGGACAGUGAUGAGGAAGAUUCGAAACCUACGUCGAAAAGAAAGCAAAAGUCAUCGUCCGCAUCCCAGGUAAAGGUUUUAAAUCGCAAGCAAAGCAAAGACUCUAUCGUGUCUAGCGGUAGUGGGAAUGCACCAAGCGCUAAGCAGCAACCAAAACCACAACCGAAACAGCAACAGACUACUGGUAUGGCACACAAUAAAAGCGGUCAAUCUCAGGAAACGCAAAAGAAGAAAAAGGAUGCUCUUAAAGAGAACAAACCCCCCGUGGUGGAGGAGAGAAGAACUAGUAAAGAUAAGGGUAAGGCUCAAUCGCAGCAAGUAGCAGUUCCAGUGGAUACCACUCCAGCAACAGUGGAAAUCCCAACCAAAACGAUCGUUCGCAAAAAAGCACCCAAAACGUUCAUUGAUCCCGAGUUCGACAAUAACGCUUUCCGGUUGCUGAACAUGGAUGAUUCCGAAUCCGAGAUGGAAGAGGAAGAGGUGAUUCCGGCAGUGGAAUCAGUUGCUUCAUUGCAGGAGGAAAAAAUAUCUCAAAGUUCUACUUACCAACAACCUAACCCGUGCUUACCGGUAAAGGAGGUAAAGAAGAAAUCGCAUGAUGCCACCACGGAGGUAUCGUCUACCGGAGCGACCGAACAGCGAGAACAACAGGACAAAUCAAGCAAAUCAGACCCAGCCGCUGGGCGGAAAGGUAGUAAGGAGAAAGAGAAAAAAUCUUCCCAAAAGAAAGCAACCAAGCAGGAAAAGGAACCGAACCAAUCGGCCAUCGGAGGAUCUGGGUCGGGGAAGCAACAGCAAAAACGGGAUGAUGUCGAAGGCUCUGCAAAGACUGCCGGUACGUCCACUGGCAGUGGUGAUGGUGCGGAACCGCGACCAAAGAAGCAAACACCGGCCCAAGCAAUGGUGGAGAAAAUCAGUGCCCUUCUCGAUAGUCCCGGUUUAUCGAACCGUCAGCGGAAGCAAAUGAUACGCCAGCUCGAGCAAGCGCAAGCAACAAUCCAGUCGCAGCUGUUACAAAAUGCAGCCAAAGCAACGAAGGCUAAGGUGCAGGCGCAGGCUCAACAGGAGAAGAUGGCAAAUCAGAUGGCUACGAGUAACAGCAGCAUUGCGCCCGCAGCUAAACCGUGUGCCGGAAAAGAAGCAAGCAACAGUAAAGCGCGACAAGCGCCCCAUUCGGCUAUAGGCUCAGCAACGAACGAUAAUGAAGUAAACGCUAGUUGCUCCGGCGCCCGUAACAGCCUCAUGGACCAGCUGAAACGUGGUAUUCGUGCAGAAGGGCUAGAUCUUCCUCCCGGAAUCACGCUGACGCGUCUUGAUGCCAUUCAAGCGGAAGCUUUGCGUCUAAAGCGCGAAUCAAUCCGAAAGCUUAGCGUACCGCUAAAGCCGGUUACGCCACCGCUUGAUACGUCGGCCACCAUGCUUCCCGGUCCGUUUGGUGCCACUGGUUCACCGAAUGCCGGCAUGUUUGUCGUUAAUCCCAUGUCGCCCAUACCUAUGCCUGGGCAGCAGGACUCGGUGAUCAUGGUUAACACAGGCAAAUUAAGGGGCCAAGAGCAACAGCAACAACCUUCCGUAGAAUCCACCCAAAAUGGGACCGAUCGUAAAAAGCGCAACAAACGGCGCAAAAACAAAGGUAAAGAUGCGGAACAAGGCGAACAUGUUCCAUCCACGAUCGGAACACCAAAUGCUGCCGCUGCCGAGGGACUGGCAGCCGGUCAGCUAGUGGACGGAAGCAACAUUGUUACGCUACGCAACCCGAUGUUCCAUAGCGGUCCAAUGGGUAUGGGCAGCGCCGGAAUGCAUCAGCCCGGGGCACCGAUGAUGUCGGAUGUACAGGGCGCCCGGAUGACGCUUGGGUACGAUCAGCCUGCAAAGAUUUUCAAAAAUGAUAACGGAAUGUUUACGAUACGAAAUCCGGCACUACAUCAUGCGGUAUCGGGCGGUGCCCCACCGGAAGUAACCGGCUUCCGUCCUUUUAAUGCAGCGUACCUGGUGGAGAAUGGAAUAAUGCCACCGUCUGGGAAUAUGCAUCAACCGAUGGGGACGGUACCGCAUGUUACUGCUGCUGUAUCGUCCGGGCCGAGUACAAUUAUUCCCGGUAGCAGUAGCGUACCGGCCUACCUCCAGCAAUAUCCUUCACCGGCGCUGGAUGAAAGCAUGGGACCACGAAAAUGUAAAUCCGUCAUCGGCAGUGAAAUGAAGAAUGCACAAAAGCAAAAGCAAAACUCGAUGCAGCAGCAACAACACCAGCACGGUUUAUCACCUGCACCGGGGCGAAGCUGGCAGCAGAUGAAUGGCGCGACCGGUCAGGAUAUCUUUAUUACGCCUUCAUCUUCUCCGAGCACCACUGGUGUCGGCGGGCUUGGAGAGUCUCACUACUCGUCGUUCAAUCAUUACAACCUCCCUGGACAGGACAUGCUGCAUGGUGGGCCAACCGGAACCCCUACCGCCAGGUACGGUAGUGGAAUGUUGGGACCGCCUGGAUACUAUCACGGCAGUGGCAGCGGUUCGUCAGGGCUACCUAAAGGUACAUCCAGUGUCAGUGCAAUUGGUUCGGAACGAUCGCACGGUCUUUCGUAUCUGGGCGGUGCUGACCCAUCUGCCAGCCUGGCGACACACUGUUGCGACGAUGAAGCACCAAGCGCAUUCUUUAACGGUAACAGUCUCGGAAGCUUACCGUCAGGAAGUAUGAGCACCAGAACGCGCUAUGACGAUCUUGCCUUCUUACAAAACUUACAACCGGGCCAACGGCUCAACAGUGAGGUUACCAUACACAGCAUCAAUGAGUCGAAGAUGCGUCGACAGCAGGCACAAAACUAUACGCACGACAUUCAAAUAACGGCCAUACCGGCACCGUCACCUCCCACCGCCGGUGGAAGGGCUGGAGGGCUGGGUGUGCCGGUUACGGCCAGCACCGUAUCGUUGCAGCACUUGAUGCAACAGUCACACCAAGCGCAUCUUCAGCAACAACUCCCAGAUACUCAGUUGCACCUUUCCGAUCUCAGUCCCGGUUCCGGUUCAGUAGGAUCGGGUAGUGGUUCCGGUACCAGGACCGGUGUCGCGCUGAGCGAUUUCAUGGACAGCCGGGUGUCCGCUGGGAGCGGCUCAUCCACGUCUGCCGAUCUGUUGGCUCCUUCGCUUGAGCUGGACGCGAAAAACUUUCUGCGAGACUAUCAGCUAGGUCAACUUCAGCAGCAGAUGCAAGACUUACAGCUACAGCCACAACAGCAACAACUGUCCGGGGAAUUCGGAGAUAACAUGUUUGCAACAAAACAGUCGAAUGUUGUCGACCAGGAAUCUGACGAGCAGGAUCGUUUGAACUUUUUCCUUACUGCAUCGGUUGGAAGCAAUAGCAAUAGCAUGGAAAUGAAUCAUAAACCAACCGGACACAGUUCGUCAGGCGCAAACAGUUCAACUGCGGAACCAGCAUGCGCCACCGGUUCGGACGAUGUGGAGGAAGGCAAUCCUGGUGGCGUUAGCAUCGGUGGCGAAGAACUGCAACGACCGCAACAACCACCGAUAGGAACUCCUUCCAGCAAGAAUCUGCAGCAGCACAGGUUACAGCAAAAUGGUACGCCUGUGUCAACAUCCGGUAGCAUACUGUAUCCGGCUACGGCCGACAGUCCUGCCUCCUCGGUGUCCGUUUUCGACGGCAUCUCUUCGUCCCUGAGCAGCCAGGCGCACUCGUUCGACGAUCUGUAUACAGGGCUGCUAGCAACAGCGUCGCCACCAACGUCAAUAUCUGGCAGCAACGAAAGCACCGGCUGUAGCUCGAAAUUAAACUCGCAACUCAACAUGCAUCAAGUGCCGCAACAGCUAAGUGCCGACACUGGAUAUGUCUCGUCAAACGUUAACGGUCUGUCUGAGCCAAGUCUCGCUACGAUAUCCACCGACAAUGCCGAAAGUCCUAUGUCAUGAAGCAAUAAGUAAAUGUAUCAGCAAAGCGCGUAUGUCGCGAAUGCAAUAGACCAGUCGUAAAACAUAUACAUAGAACAUGCGUUGGCGUCAUAAUGCCCUCAAACCCCAUCAGCCAAUUGAUAAUUAGACAGGGAAUGGCUUUAAUGCAUACGGACCCUCAAACGGACCUGGUACGUAUUGAAACUUUGCAUUACAAUUGUACAACUGCUUUCUCGUUGUCUUCGAUCAGACUGAGUCGCGUGAAAGGGUUGAUCAACCGGAUACAAAUGUAACACCCAGCGGUUACAUUCGCCCAUUUCAAUGAUUCAUCUGUAACGAAAACAACCCGCCCUUUUUGCUGUAAUAUUUGUCUCAUUAAUCAGUUCCAUAUCGUUCCAAACGGAGUUAAACGGAAGAAAACACACCAUUUUUUGCUGAUUGUCGCACACCGCUCAAUCGUAUGAUUGUUGAUAGAUCGCUUCGCUGCCGAACGAAUAAACGAAAAAUUGUACAGAAAAUAUUCGUCACCCUAUGGAAGGUCGUAUGUAAAACUUCUGAACGAUAUAUACUACAAAACGAGUGCUGGGAAUGUGUUGAAAUUGGUGAACGAUGGUAUUAGAUGUACUGAAGCAAUCGGCAAACUGAAAUGGGUGAAGAAAAAUAUAGCAAGAUACCGAAUGAAAAGUGA